AUGGCGACGACGCCGGCGCGGCCAUCACAGAGCGAGGCCGGCGAGGCGGUGUCGGUGCAGCACGUGGCCAAGGCCUCCUCGGACGAGCUGCUCCGCAAGUUCGCCGACCCGGACGACGGCGACUCCUCCAACCAGCGGUCAACCCCGCCCCGCCGCAGCCUCGCGCUGCGCCGCAAGCGCUCGUCCCGCCGCGUCGCGUCGGGGCUCUCCGCCAGAGACUCCAGCGCGUCCGGGGCGGACCUGGAGCUGGCGGCGCCCAAGCGGCGGCGCAGCAUCGGCGGGUCCACGGACUGGAGGGCCGGGCUGCUGCUGCCCACCACCACCACGGCCUCCUCCUCCUCCGCCGCCGCGCGCAAGGGCAACGGCGGCCACGCGCGUGCGAAGCGGGGCGCGCGGCUCGACGAGGCCGGCGUCGCGCACUUCCUCGCCGCGCUGGAGCGGACGUGGAAGAAGACGGUGGCGGGCGCGUCGAGGAUGUUCGUGGAGCGGCACCGGAGCAGCCACGUGCAGCUCAUCAGCGACAUGGUCUAG